AUGAAAGAUUCUUCUGAACGAAGAAUUUGCAGUCAUUGUUUGGUUUUUUCAGAUGCCGAAGUCGACGUUGUACCAACACAUGAGAGUGAUGACUUACGAGCGUACAAUCACCUCAAGUCGGGUGAAAUGCAAGAAGCGGGUAUCAAUCUGCGUUGUUCAGUGGAACGAUGUACGCUAAGGCUUUCGAGCGCCGACAGUGACGAUUUUUGUGCGGCAUUCAAGUUCGAGAUGUAA